GAUCUUAUGAUUCAGAGAAGAAAAUAAACUUGCAACAGAAACUCAAGGACUGCAUCAUGUGCCAACACAUCUUAUGAUUUUGUAACUUUGGAAACGAAAUCACUUCCUGCGUAGGUUUGGGGUUUUAAAAACACUAGGCAACAUGCUAAAAAUCACAACUCAUCUGUGAAGACGGUCAGCCACAGAGACUAAUGGAGAUCGAGACCAUUUAUCAGAAUAUUGAACACAGAGUCAUUAAGGACACAUUUGGACCUCAAACACAGAGUCACAGGCAGAACGAAGGAAAAGCUCACAAAUGCAGAGGAAGUAGAUGUUUGGUGUUGAUCACAGUGGGUCUCGGGGUCAUUUGUGUUCUUCUGCUGGUCUUCAUCAUACUGCAGCACAUCACCAUCACAGCAGAGAGAGACCUGAUAAAGAGUUACAAGAACACAGUUGAAGAGUUCAAACAAACCAUCAACAGCUUACAGGACAAUCACACUGAUCUAAUGCAGAAGAACAGCAAGUUAGAAAGCAUGUCUCUGAGGGAUGAACUGAAGAAGGCAGCACCAAAAGGAGGUUGGUUGUUCAUGUCCACUGAGUUGAAGAGCUGGUCUGACAGCAGACAGUACUGCAGGGAUCGUGCUGCUGAUCUGGUCAUUAUCAACACUGAAGAGAAGCAGAGGUUCAUAUCUUCAAUAGUCGGUGAGAGUGUGUGGAUUGGUUUGUCUGACAGAGAGCAGGAGGGCAACAUGAAAUGGGUGGAUAAUUCAACACUGAAACAAGGGUUUUGGCUCCAGGGUGAGCCAAAUAGCUAUGGUGGAGAUGAGGACUGUAUUGAACUGAAUCCUGAGAAACAUAACCUGAACAACUGGAAUGAUCGUUCAUGCUCAAACACAAGAAAAUGGAUUUGUGAGAAAUAGGGUUCAUCUAGUCUUGUCAUGCUUUUACUUGUAUUAUCUUAUGGAAUCAUUCUUAUUGUGAUAUGAGAAUGUAUAAUAUCUGAUUGAGGUCCCUGUCAGUAACUGCUUUCAUAACUCCAUUAUCCACCUUUUUCUUUUUGUAAAAAUUGGCGCGGCCAAUUUAUCAUAUUAUUAAUCAUAUUAUUCAUAUGUAUUAUCUUAAUUAUGAACACAUUGGUUUGUAGUGCAAACAGUUUUACCAUUUACUGCAUGUUGUUAUUCUCCUCCUUAUUUAAUAGUGAACCGGAAGUCUCACCCAUAGGCUUACUUCUGCGUUGAAGAAAAAGGUGGAUAGCAUUAUGUGUCCUUAUUUCAGCUGUUAUCAUGAGUCUCAUUUGUUGAUAUGGGCUGAUAUUAAGUGUCUGUGGUUCUGCUUUUGAAAUGCAUUGCUUUCUUUCAUAAUAAAAUUGUUGACUGACAGUUUUAUCACA